CUUUCACAUCUAAUAAUUUCACAAAAGGUUCCCAUUCUCAUCUCCACUGCAGCCAUGUUUUUGCGGAGAUCCGCCGCUCUUCUGUACCCCCUUCUCCUUCCCCCAAUCCUAAACCCAAACCCUAGAAUACUCCUGCGUGGCCUCGCUCUCUGGUCGAUGAAGAAGGACCCGACCCUCGAAUCCGCUCUCUCUCGCAACCGCCGCUGGAUCGUGAACAACCAGAUCAAGCAAAUACUNNCCCGUUCCCCUCCACGAGUCGCCACUGUUCGCUCUCUUCAGAAGAAGUUCAAGACCCUAGACCUCCAGGGCCGUGCCCUAAACUGGCUCAACAAGUACCCCUGCUGCUUCCAGACCUUCACCGACGGCGACGGUGAGAUAUUCUACGGUUUCUCCAAGCGCAUGGAAGCCCUAGUAAACGAGGAAGAAUCUAUCAAGACGGCACAAGAGCCAGCCAUGGCCCGCCGCCUCGCCAAGCUGCUCAUGCUCUCUCGCGAUCGUCGCCUCAAUGCCGUCAAACUCAACGAGCUCAAACGCGGUCUCGGCCUCCCCGACGACUACAUUGUCAGGGUUAUUGCCAAGUAUCCAGAUCUCUUCCGGGUCACGAAUCGCUUCGGACGUCGUAACUCAAUGGAGAUUGAGCUCAUCAGAUGGGAUCCUGAGCUCGCAGUAUCGGCGGUGGAGAAUGCGGCGAUCCAGCGCGGGAAGGAACCACGUUUUGUUUGCUUGCUACCGAGGACUUGGCUAAAGACGCUGGAUAAUUUUGAGAAAUUCAACGAGGGGAUUCCCUAUAUCUCGCCCUAUUCUGAAGUGUGGUCGAAAGAAUGGGAGGAGUCGGAGAAGCGCACGGUGGGAGCCAUUCAUGAGAUUUUGUCGCUGACCUUGUGGAAAAAGGCUUCGAUACUGAAACUAGAACAUUUCAGGCGAGAAUUCGGUUUACCGCAGAGAUUGAACAUGUUGGUUCUCCGGCAUCCAUGCAUUUUCUAUGUGUCAAAUCGGUACAAGAUAUACACAGUGGUCCUCAGAGAAGGUUACAGGGGAUCGACAUUGCUGGAGAAGGAUCCCUUGGUGAUUGUUAAGGAUAAGUUUGGGGAGUUGAUGCAGGAAGGGCUUCAUGAAUAUAAUAGGAGGCGCAAUCAGGCUAAUCUUGAAAAGAGAAGGAAGAAAGGUGAAAUUUUUGUGAAGCAGAAGAAAGAGGAGGUCGAGGAAGAUGAAAGUGAGGCGUUGAGCUUCGACAGGAUAGAGAAGAGAGAGGAGAGGAGGCGAUUUUAUAAAGUUCUUUUUGAUGAAAAUCCAUGAGCAGAUUUUUGUGAACCUUCUUCAGGUUGUGGAGAUCACAAAUGUCGUGGUAUUUAUUUCAAAUAUGAACUCUACAAGAAAGCUGGAUUGAUUAAGGCAGG